AUGUCGAUCGCGGUAGCUACCCCGCGACAUUGUUUUGGCCUCAAGGCCGAUGUUGCUGAUAAUAUUUGCUAUCUGGAUGAACAAACGAUCAUUUACCCGUCUGGAUCGAACUGCAUUUUGUUCAACAUUGACCAGAAAUCACAACGGUUCAUACCUGGAACAGAUAAAAGCGCUGGAAUGACAUCCAUGGCUGUUAGUCCAAAUCGAAGGUACGUCGCCAUCGCAGAGAAAGGGGAGAAAGCAACCAUAACUAUUUACGAUCUGAACACGUUAAGAAAGAAGAAAGUGCUCAGUUCUACAGAGGUUCAAUCUAACGAGUUUGUCAGCUUGGCUUUCUCGCCAGAUUCUAAAUAUCUUGUGUCUCAAGGAGGAAGACCCGACUGGACAUUGCUUUAUUGGACCUGGGAGAAGGCGAAAGUGAUGGCUGUUACAAAAUCUACCAAUCAGAUGAACUCACCUGUUUAUCAGGUAAUAAAUAGUACUGGAAUUCUCUUUUAAAAUGUAAUAUCUAUCUUUCUUCCGAUUGAGCGGAAAGGAAAACUGCACUCCCGUCAAAGCUUUUUGAGACAAAUGUCGAGAUUUAGAACUUGCUUAUUUGCGACAAUACUUAAAUCCUGUCAAAAUGCUCUCUCUUUCCCCUUCAUCUCUGUCUCACAAUUAUUGUUGUCUGAAAAUGAGGGAAAGGAGUAGAGAUAAUCAAACCAGUUUGAUUGUUUGGGUGGAAAUGAAUUAAAUACUAAAAAGUAAACCGACACCUUACUUUAAGUUGACAAUUGCACGAGUUCUGGUGUAUAAAAUUCUUAUGAACGAUCUCACUGUAUGUAUUUAUCACAGUUUUAUAAGUUGAGGAAGUAUUUUACUUGAAGGUAAUUAUUUAUAGAUAGAUAUCAACCAGGAGAACAUGCUUUCAGUAUUUUUAUUGUACUGUACAUUUUUUCCACUUACAUGCACAUAAAAUUAGGUAAAAAAAUUGGUUGAACCUUGAGCAACACUUGUGUCCUAAAUGAACCCAGUGAAGGUGUAUAAAUGACUCUUUUCUCUAAAUUUCCUAGUGGCUAAUUGUUAGAAUAUUGAAUAUUUGAAGUAUUCUUUAUUGUGGGCAUGAUUUUAGCCCAUCGAGGAACUACAAUAUUUUCAGUGAUUUUCUACUGUGUACAAAGUUACGCUAUUGAAAAUCACCAAAAUGAGUUUAACCCUGUUAUCCCCAGAAUUGAUUAAGUUGUAGCUUCUCCCUGUAAUUCCAAUAUGUUCCCUAAUGCAAACAAGUUAAGGGAAUAUUCAAGCUUAUCAGCAAGAGGGUGUUGUGUGGUUAUAACACAAAAUUCUCCUGUCUAAUUCACAAGGAUCUGUUCAGCAGUCAGUUGGGAGAAAUACUGAUUAGAUCUUGGGACUUACAUAAUCAACCAAGAACUGCAGCUGUGGAUGAUUAGGGAUGAAGAAGAUUUUUAUGUAUUUCAAAUGACCAACUUGAUGUAGCCCAAUGAGGAAAUUCUGUUUUUUGUUUUUUUUUUGUUUUUUUGUUUAAUACUUUAAGCCCCACAUUUGUGGUGAAUUUACCCUUAAACACCAAAGAGCAGUAAGCAUCUAAUUUCUCCCAAUGGCAUCAUCCUGUAAUAAAAAUGGUUGCAAACAUAAGAAGCUCUUGGUUGUUGGACAAAUUGUCCCUGUAUGUACGAUGAUGAUAGAGAGUGCAUAGGGAACAGUAUGAAGAACUUGCAUAUUGAUGUUAGGGUGUAAAGGGUUAAUUUAUAAUAAAAUCUUCCUUCAGGUGGUUUUGAACUAGAAAACUUUGUAUAGAAAACCCUUGUAAUUUCACUUUUGCUGUUUUUUUUUCUUUUUUAGGUGACAUUUAAUCCUCAGGAUAACACUCAGCUAUGUGUGGUAGGGAAUGGAAUCUUCAAGUUGUUUCGUUACAGUGAGGGUAAUCUUAAACAGUUUGCUUUCCAGAAAAUGGAGCCACAAAACUUCCUCUGCCAGGCAUGGGUGUCAGAUGAAAGAAUCAUAGCUGGGACAGAUAGUGGAAGACUUCUGUUGUUUGAAUCAGGAGAACUGAAGAGUGAAUUUCAUGUUGGUGGAGGUGGGGCAAAUGCUUCUGCUCCCACAAGGUAUGAGUCAGUUAUUGACGUCAAAAGAGUGCAAAAAAGCAAAAUGGUCAAGGUUUGAACCCUGGAUGUUGUCAUUGUGUUGUUUUCUUGGGCUCAGAACUGACAGUUCUUGUAACCCUUUUAGACGACUGAGUGGAGUGUGGUACUGUGAGAUGAAAGUAUCUUUGCCCAAGAAUAUGAUACAAUGAGCCUGUUAGGUCUUGAACCUGGACUUCUUGACCCAGACUCUACUGUCUUUAUUGUAAUGCCAUUGCGUUUUCCACCCAACAAAUAUCAGGAUUUACUUUAAAGCAGUACUUUAUGGGAUUUCCACCAUUAACAAGAAAUGCAGCCUGAACAUACAACUAUUAGAAAGUGCUAUUUUUAUAUUUAGAUAAAUUAUUUGAACACAUAAUUGACAAAAAGAUUUACAUAAAGCUUUAUAGCCUCUUACUGUCUCAAACACCCUUUUCCUCUUUGUUAACUCACUGACUUAACUAUGAAUGUGGAAGAGAUUAUUGCAGCAAUGAACACUACUUAUGCUUCCAUAUUCAUUUCUUCAUCUGCUGUUUAUAUAAUUAUAUGAUUUUCUUAUAUUUACAGUUAUUUGACUAAACUGUAUAAAUAUUUUCAAUGGCUUGCAAGGCUGAGACCCCCUUGAAUUCAAGAAGGGGGCCCACUUGACCUUUUUUGGCCAACUUCUAGAGUAAACCUUUGAAUUCAUUUUAAUGAUAUUUUUUCAGGCAAAGUAUGGCCAGUGUACCUGAAAGUGGUGUAAGCCAGGAUGCUCCUCCACAAGUCACAUGCAUUAUUGCAUUUUCGAAAGGCUUCAUCUGUUCAGGGGGAGCAGGGACAGUACACCUCUUUGAGAAAACUGAGGAAAAAGACUUCUACAAGAAGGCCAGAGAGAUUAAGAUUCCUGUCGACACGCAGAGUCCAGAUCCACAACUAUUAGAGAAUCAAGAGAUUGUCAAUCUUACUGUGAGCCCAUCAGAGGAAACUCUUGUCUGCAGCACCAAGACAAGUCAGCUGUACUGUAUCACCAUGUCCACUGCUGAUCUUGGCAAGGUAAAGAAAAUAAGGGCAAAUGGAAACAACUGUUCAUAAUAGAGAAAAUGUCUUUUGUCUUGUCAUGAGCAUGAAACAAAGAAAAUUUUUUAGUUCCCACGAGGAAUCCAAGAUCUUCAGAUUUCAGUCUAAUACUCCUCAAACUGUUUAUGAUGUAAAUUUUAAAUCAAAAUAAUUAACAUCAUUCUACAACAAUAAAAUUAAAAGCUCUCUUAUUUUCAUUAAAAGUUAUAGAAUAAAAUUGAGUCAAAUUAAUUUUAAAUAAUAUAAUUUCAAAUCAAAAGUAAAGUAAUUUAUAAAAGUGAUCAUCUAAGUACUGGUAGGCUAAAAUAUUAAAGGUCAACAUCUAUGUCAACUUUUCAUUGUAACACAAUUUUAAAGUUCUUUUCCGCUCAAGUGUGUAAUUACUUAAUUUAACCUCAAUGAGCUUUAAGAUAUUAAAUGUGAAGGUCAGAUUUGUUAUUAAAUUCCUUGAUACCUUUCACUCCAAGGAGUAACCAAAAAAUGAUUUCUCUUCCUGCAAUAUAAUUACAUUCUUAAGCAGAAUGUUGAUGAGAGGAAAGAGAAAGAUCAACCAGGACAUAAUAUGCCCUGGUUGAUCUUAUGACUUUAGUCCUAAGGAUUUAGAGUUACAAUGAACAAUAUUAUUGUUCGAUGUAACUCGAAUUCCUUAGGACUAAAGUCAUUAGAAAUGUUUGGCAGAUUGUGUGGAUAACUUUUAUUUAAAUCUUUGGAGUGGAAGGGUUAAACAUCAUAAAUCUUGUUAAUGGAAUAAAGUUUCUUUUAAAGAUAUAAAAUCAAUAAGUUCAUAACAUGGUAUUGCUUUAUUUACUUACAGAAAGGAAAGAGAGGCAAAAAAGCAGCCAGAAAAAUAACUGUAAUUGUUAGUAUAUGUCAUUGGAUAUUUUCCUUUGAGAUAUGCACAUACACAACAAACUGCAGUCACUUAUAUUUAAUAUUACAAAAACAGGCGCAUUAUAAUUCACAAAUCAAUUCAAAGCUUUCACAUCCAUCCUGGCAACCCAUGGGCAUUUGAGUGGGGGGGGGUGGGGGGAUUUUAACCUCACCUGGGUGGGGUGGGAUAUUUGAACUGGAACUUUCAAGAAGAUAAAUAUGUUUUAUCUUUUUAUAUGGACAUGUUUUUAGGUAAAAAGUUCACCUCCUUAAGCAGGUAGCUUAGAAGAAAAGGUCUACAAGAAAGUCAUGGUUGCUUAUCUUGCCUGUUACAAAAAAAUUGAUGUUCAAAUCUGACAUUUGGGUGGGGCAUAUGAACACAAAUUUGAACAAACUAACCUUGAAAGGUUUAAAUGCCCAGAGGGUUGCCCUAAGGAGAGGGGUAUGUUGAGGCUUUGAAUUAAUCAAUAGUUACAUAACUGCAACUUAAAAUGACUUACAACUACAUGUGUAAUGAUUGAACUACACACUAAAUCACAAAAUAUAUUUUGGUGAUAAUCAUCAAAGGUAUGUUCUUUCUAUCCCUAAGUUUGAAUUUCCCACUGACUGAUUAGUGAACACAUUGCCGUACAUCACUCAAAAGUUAUUAUAGUUUUGUAAUCUCUUGAGCUCUAGUAUUAUCCAUGACGUUGUCUUGAGAAACAUCAAGACUCUGGCGUAAACCAAACUAAAUACUCCCUCUUGCAUCAGACUUGUGCUGUAUAUUAUUUUCUGCACUGGUGUAUGCUUUUUUUGGAAUGAAAUCAAUUUGCUGUCAGAAAACGAACUUUCUGCAUGUUCAGGGCUGCAUCAUUUUUUUUAUCAAAAUGUAAUUUGACCUUGUGAUUUAAUAUUCCCUCAAUGUGCCUUUUAUGCUUGCAUACAUGUAUCUUGAUUUCUCAAAAAUGUACUCUGUAGGGUGAUAUUGCCACAUUUGAGCUGUUGUCACAGGCAUUCCAUCGUGGUGUUAUCACUGGUAUGGAUGUUUGUAUACGAAAACCACUGAUAGCUACUUGUGGUUUGGACAGAUCUGUGAGAAUAUGGAAUUAUGAAGUUUGGUGAGUUUUCAAUUCUUUAAGUAUUUGAUGGUCAUAUUUUCAAGGCUUUCCUUUGCUGUUUUGUUGUCAUACAUGUUGUCUUAAUCAGGUUAAAGAUUGUCAGAUUCUAUGCACUCUCCUCUAAUCAAAGAUAGACCUUUAAUUUAUUCAAAGCUCAAUCAACUCAAGGUACAUGGAUAACUUAAACUAAAUGUAGAGUUAAAUGCAUUCAGUGGUCUUUACAGCCUUUCACAAUAUAGUUAAAACGAUAAAGUUUAUGUUCGCAGGCACAAAUAUGUUUUAAAACUCUUAAACAACAGUUAACCCUUUAACUGACCCUUUAGUGACCAAGACAGAAUUUCUCCUUACAAUAUCAAUACAAUAUCAAGCAGACAAUUGAUGAGAAUAAAGAAAAACAUAAGUUGGGGGAUUAUAAGUUGAUUCAAUACCAAAUUCUCCAAACUAACCAUAGGAACUGUAUGGCAGAUAGUUAGGAGAAUUACUAAUGAGAUCUUGGAAGCUAAAGGGUUAAAGUGAGCUCUGAGAAGGGUUCAAAAUAUAAUUAUGCUCAAGAAGAUUUUUUCAUUUUAGAGGGCCUGCCAAAUUCUCUAUUUUAGCCCGCAAAAUGCGCCAUGUCACCCAACAAAUUGAUAAUAAUAGGGAUUUUGUACUUAGUUUCAAUUUUCAUCUUGCAGUUCAUUGGAGCAAUAUAAGGAAUUCCAGGAAGAGUGCUACAGCAUAGCCCUCCACCCCUCUGGACUGUACAUCUUGGUGGGAUUCAGUGACAAGCUGCGACUUAUGAACCUGUUGAUUGAUGAUAUCAGAUCUUUUAAAGAAUUUACCAUCAGAGGCUGUAGAGAGGUCAGUGUGUUUAUUAAGAUGCAGAAAGGGAGUUUCCCUGGUGAAAAUCUUUCAAGGAUCUUUAAGGAUCUUACAAGAUCUUCAUGAGGACCUUUGAGGAUCCUCUUGAGGAUCUUCAUGAGGAUCUUCAAAAUUCUUGUUAAGAUCUUCAAGGAUCCUUCAUUUUCUUGCCAAGAUCUUCAAGGAUCCUUCAUUUUCUUGCCAAGAUCUUCAAGGAUCCUUCAUUUUCUUGCCAAGAUCUUCAAGGAUCUUUGAUUUUCUUGCCAAGAUCUUCAAGGAUCCUUCAUUUUCUUGCCAAGAUCUUCAAGGAUCUUUGAUUUUCUUGCCAAGAUCUUCAAGGAUCUUUGACUUUCUUGCCAGGAUCUUUAAGGAUCUUUCAUUUUCCUGUCAAGAUCCUUGAAGAUCUUGUCUGGAUCUUCAAAGAUCUUUACAUGAACUUUGAAGAUUCUUUAAAGAUCUUUGAAAAUUCUUUGAGGAUCUUCCAAAUUCUUGUUAAGAUCUUUCAGGAUCUCUCAUUUUCUUGCCAAGAUCUUCAAGGAUCUUGUUGAAAAUUUUGAAGAUCCUUAAAGAUCUUGGAAAGAAAAUAAAAGAUCCUUAAAGAUCUUGGCAAGAAAUUGAAAGAUCUUUGAAGAUCCUGGCAAAAAAAAGAAAGAUCCUUGAAGAUUUUGACGGCCAAAUUAAAGAUCUUUGCAAGAAAUUUGAAGAUCCUUAAAGAUCUUGACAAGAAUGUCAGGAAUCCUUGAAGAUCCUGGCAAGGAAAUGGAAGAUCGUUGAAGAUCUUAGCAAGAAUGUUAUAGAACCUUCGAACUUUUGACAAGAAAAUAAGCAUACUUAAAUCCUCAUACUAAGUUAAAAAGAAAAAUUGAACCAAACAUAAAAAAAUGAAGAUAAAACUUUUUUUAUUGCUAAACGAGAAUUACCCAUCCUUUUCUAGUAAGACUACUUCUACACUAUUUCUGUUCAGAUUUUAGGUUAGUACUAAGAUUUUCAUUUUCCAAAAAAUCUGGCAACAGUCCAGCUCAAAGGUAAAAAGACCAAAAUAUAUGUGUUAAACUUGUCUAGGACUAGACUAUGACCAGACUAAGACUACUCUUACAGAGGGGGUAAACAUGAAAAAAAGGCAAACAAGAGUACUUCAAUGACUAUAUUUCUGAACCAUAUUAACCUAUAUACCAAAGGAAAGCUUAGGAAUCACACAUACUGAAUAUAACUAAUAUGUUGCCCUAAACUAAUUUGUUAUUUGACAUCAGAUCAAUUUGUCCACCACAUGGUGUGAAAAACCUAAGUAUACUUGAGAAAAGAUAACUGCACAAAGAUUGCAUGAAAUCAAGUGUUUUUUGUGUCAAAACAAAGUACUAGGGUCGUUCUUUUGGAUGAGCUAAGGAACUUUUGGGGUCGUUUAUAUUAUGGGCACAGUGCCCGUUCAAAGUUCACCGAGAUUAUUAGGUGAGUUAUUCCACAAUAUCUUACUUAAAAUUCAGCUUAUGGAGAAACUGUCAGCUUAUCCAACUCAACUCAGUAAGAGGAUACAGCCCUGAAAACUUCAGAUUAAUUGAACUAAUACAUCCUGAGGUACAAAAUAAGUGUUUUCGGUAAUUCAUAUGACAACCUCUAAAAGAGCUUUUUAGGUUGUUACACAGAACCAAGUAAAUUCACACCUUCUUCAGAAACAUGUCCUUCAGUGAGCGUCGAGGAGAAUCUCUCUAGAUCGAUAAGCCUUUAUCCUUGUCCCUGUAACACAUCAUUUGCAUCCUCACUCUCCAAGAGCUCAGAGCAAGAAUCAUUAGGCGAGGAUGGCAUCUUCAUUUUCUUUCCAGAAGUACCAAUGAAUUAUUUUCAUUAAGCCUCAGAGUCAGAGCAAUCGCGAGACCUGCUUGGAGUUUGAUUGACGAUUGCGGUUAUUUCUGUCUCUCUUUUCGCUUGUUUCUGAACUCCAGAAAACGCCUUUCCUUUACUUUUAUUUCUGUGUACAUUUUCCCCUUAGUUCCGACCAUUGUCGAUGAUAUUUGCCGUAACAACGAGCUUCUUAUGUUUUUAUGCGACCGUUAAAAAUCUCGGCGCGUAUAAAUUCCUAUCCCAUAAUGCAAAACCCUAUUUACUGUCAUGUAAGUUGUCACAAAGUUUCCCUAAAGCCUCAAGCAUGGCGUUGCUAUGCGUUAACCUUCAUUACACUUAUUGCAGAAUAAUUUUCUGCGAAAAUUCCUUGUUGUGUUUAAAUUAUCCAUAUCAGAUUAAAAAAGGAUCGUUGCAAAGAGCUGUACAAAAUCAUGAAAUGAAUCUUUUAAAGAUAUUUGGAAGAUCCUUUUCAAUUCCUUGAGGAUCUUGAAGGAUUGUAGAACAGAUUGUGCAAAGAUCUUGACUAGAAUUCUUAAGGAUCUUAGCAAAGAUCUUAGCAGGAUCCCUGACAGGUUCUUUUGAAGGUCUUUAAAAGAUCCUCAUUAAAUCCUUGAGGAUCCUGAAGGAUCCUUGAAAAGAUCCUGCAAAGAUCUUGACUUAAGGAUCCUUGUAAGAUCCUGAUCAAAUUCCUAAGGAUCCUGGCAAAGAUCUUUACAGGAUCCUUGAAAGGAUCUUUUGUAGGUCUUUAAAAGAUCCUCAUUAAAUCCUUGAGGAUCUUGAAGGAUCCUUGAAAAGAUCUUGCAAAGAUCUUGAGUAGGAUCCUUGUAAGAUCCUGAUCAAAUCCUUAAGGAUCCUUGCAAAGAUCUUAAUAGGAUCCUUGAAAGGAUCUUUGGAAGGUCUUUAAAAGAUCCUCAUUAAAUCCUUGAGGAUCUUGAAAGAUCCUCAAAAAGAUCCUGCAAAGAUCUUGACUAGGAUCCUUGCAAGAUCCUGAUUAAAUCCUUAAGGAUCCUUACAAAGAUCUUGAAAGGAUCCUUGAAAGGAUCUUUUGAGGGUCUUUGAAAGAUCCUUGAUAAAUCCUUGAGGAUCUUGAAGGAUCCUUGAAAAGAACUUUGCGAGGAUCCUUAUGAGGAUCUUUGUAAUAUCCUUUGAGGAUCUUUAUCAAAUCCUUGAGGAUCUUAACAAACGUUUUUGCUUACAAAGAUCUUUGAGGAUCUUUUACAGAUCCUUUAAAGAUCUUUUAAAGAUCCUUGUCCUUAAGGAUCUUUGGCAGGUCUUUGUCAAUCCUUGAAGAUCCUCAAAGAUCCUGUGAGGUUUUUCACCAGGGUUUAAGGGGAAGAACAGUUCCCAAACAGAAUUAUGGCCAUAAUAUCUUUUGUUGAAUGAUCCAUUUAUUACGAUUAUCAGUUGAGUGAGGCACGGAAAAAGUUUCGUGGCGGGAUUAUUACAGAUAAAGUACGGUGUUGUCACGGGCGACCUUCCUCGUUUCUAGUGAUAACCAAAUUUCAAGAACCGUGUGUCACCAACCAUCAAACCUUAAAGCCCGCCAAAAUAGGUCAAACAACUCGUUACCACUGGAAAUGAGGCUACUGUAGUUGCCCGUGACAACAGCACGAUUUUAACGUCAAAAUGUGUUCGCUAAGGUUCUGUCUCGCCUCACCCAACUGAAAAUCGUCGUAAUCACACAGUGGCAAGUAUUAGGAACAGCGACUUAAUAUUGUGAGACCUACAUGAGCCAAGUAUGUAAGAUGAAGUUUCGUUAGCAAUUUUAAUUGACUUAAAAGACUUUUAAUUCCUGAAAGGAAAACGAUUCAGAGACUUCGGAGGUCUUUAAAAGAAGUGAUUGACAUGUGACUUCUUCCCCCAAACUUAUCAGGUAGAAGUUGUUAUCUUGAUCAAGCACCAAAUUUUCGUAACUAAUUUUCAAGGAAAAAAAUGUGUAGCAGCUAAAGGGGAAUAAGUAACUCCUAGAUCUUGGCAGUUAAAGGGUUGAUACUCCUGCAUGACCAAUGCAAAUCAUAAAGUAGUUUCUGAGGCAUUCAUACCAUAGCUUAUUUCUUGUACUGUCCAAAGACCCGUUCAGGAGAUGAAAAAAUUUGUUGUACCUUGUUUUUCUAUGAACAGACCAUUUUCCUUCGCUGGUAAUUUAUAUGAGUAACUCUAGACAAAGUUCUUCCCUAAUUGAAUUAUUUUUUUCGAGGAGCCUUUCCACUUUAGAACCAAAACUGUUUUACUGCGUUAUUGAGGUUUGGGAUAAUUUUUUCUUCAGUGUUCCUUCAGUAAUGGUGGUCAUCUCUUUGCUGCUGUGCAUGGUAAUGUGAUUCAGCUGUACUCCUCCACAACCUUUGAGAAUGUUGGCAAUCUGAAAGGACACAAUGGCAAGGUAACUUAAAUUUGCGUUAACUCAUAAUAAGAGAAAGUCUUAUUUUAUGUUUUUCCCCCUGUGUGUAAGUGAUGACAUUAUUGGAUCUAGAAACCUAAAAAAAGGAAUGAUUUGGAAUAAGGGGGUAGAACCUCGGUUUUGACUCAAGAUUCUUCCUUACCUCAUCCAACGUUUGUUUCAAAUGGUUAUUAUCCUUUUAAACGUAAGGACUGUUACAUUUUUUUUAAGGUUCGCCAAGUAAUCUGGAGCCAGGAUGACAGUAAAAUAAUUUCAUGUGGUAUGGAUGGUGCCGUGUAUGAGUGGAAUGUAACCAGUUACAAGCGUGAAGGAGAGAGUGUUCUCAAAUCCUGUAGCUACACCGGUGUUUCUGUGUCCCCGGACAGCAGGACAACUUUUGCUGUGGGCUCUGACAGGACUCUCAAGGAAAUUUGUGACUCACAGGUAGGAUUUUAAGUAUAUAAACUAUAUAUACAUUGUGUAAUGACCAGGAAAAGCGUUUACAUAGUGUCGUAAUUCCAAUCGGAUUACGAACAGUCCCUUCUUUCAUAUUCACGUCUUUACCCGCAGUUCAAAUAUAUGACUUUAAAACAUUCACAGUCGUUUAUUCACCUUUUCACGGGUUUAUUUGAAACCAACUUAAUGACCAGCUCCCAUUUGGCUUGUUAGCUCAUUUGGUAGAGCGUUGCACCAGCAUCUUAGAGGUCAUGGAUUCAAAUCCCGUACAGGCCUGAAUUAUUUUCAGGCCUUAUUUUCUCUACUGUUCAAUUAGUGUUAAUUACUGCAAAGAUCGCUUUUAUAUUCAAGUCCCUCCUUUCCGGCGAAGUCAGUCGCGCGAGUGCUCGUAGUCGAAAUCAUACCGGCCAAUUAGAGGGAAGGAAAUAUCACAGCAAACUACCUGAAGCGUGGAAAAACACGAGAGGCCAACACACAAUUGGUUUUAGUUUAGCGCCUGAUUGGUAGAGAGCGUAGCGCGAAUUUUCUUGACCAAUCACAGACUGAAGCAAAGGAAAAAAGCUGAUAGUUAGCCAGUUAAUCUUUAUGGGGGGAUAGUACGGAAGACAGAGAUAACCUUCUCCCUGAAUGUACUAAAGAAAUAAAAAACGUACCGAGUGCAUUGUUGAGUUAUAUAAGCACGCGGGAAUUUUUAAGAACACGAGAGAAGUGCGGAGAAGCACGAGCCGAAGGCGAGUGCUUCUCGCACUUCUCGAGUGUUUGCGCGUGCUCGUUCUGAUGACAUAGGUUGCGUGCAUUAUAUCUCAACAGUGCACUCGUGUGACGUAAGGCGCGUGCUUUAUGGAAAUAUAAUGAACUCGUUCUGACCAAUCACGGCGCGCGCAUUUCUCUGAACAUUUUAUAAAACAUUAUACAUCAUUUCAUGUUUGUAGGACAAAAUACUGGUUCCCAUACCAAGAAUGAUCGUGCUUGUUUGUAAAGUUCGUUCUCCCUCUCGAAGUUCUCUGGUCAACUAUUCAUGAACUUGCACAGAAACAAAUGGUCUUAAUGCGUUCAUCUUAUUUUUUUCUAUCCAACAGAUUCUCCGUGAAGUUCCUGCUAAUGACAUUGUUCUAACGCAGUGUGUGAUGUCACGUUCUGGUCGAAUGCUCUUCGCUGGAACCAGUUCAGGGACACUGCGCGCGAUGAAAUUUCCGCUGACCGUUCCUGGGGAAUGGCAGGAACACCAAGUGCACUCUGGGGCAAUCACUAAGGUAACCGUAGAAUAUAAAAAGGUUUGAAAUUCGACUGCGCGUCGUAGGCUUAUUUUACAAAUUACUCACUCUUCUGUUUACCUUUUUCGUCAGAUGCGCAUGUCUUAUGACGAUCAAUACCUGUUCACAGUAUCCGAGGACGCUUGUUUGUUCAUCUUUAAAGCUGUUGAUAAGGAAGGCAGAGGGAUGAAACGAGAUAAGGAAGUGGGAUAUGCAGAGGAGAUCCUUAUCACCAAAUCUGACUUGGAAGAAAAGGUCAGCGGCUAUGAAAAUCCAUAAAGUCUAAAAAUUUAGCCUUCAGAAUUCAAGGUCGUCGUCUUCAAUCCUUGUCAAUAGAGCUGUGCAAGAGAAUAUAAACUAUAAUUUUUUGAUGUGCGUUAGUGUUUGAGCAUGUUGAUGACUCAUUGGUCGCAUAGGUGGCUCAACCUAUUACAAGGUAGUAAUAUGCAAUUUAAGAGUCCAUCCUAAGAUUUUCUUUCAAGGGUGUGGGUAUUGUGGCCCUACAAUGCCUGUUUUCCGUCCCCCCCCUUCUUUUUCAACCUGGCAUGCACUCGAGUAUUGGAGACUCCACCCAACGCCCCCGGUUGAAGUUGAAACUGUCCGUAGAAAGAUAGAUAGUAUAAGUUGCACUUUUUCGGUGUAUGGUUUUUCAUUAACAGCAAACCUUUUAUCGUUCUCUCAACUUAGAAUUCCAUGAUGGCUGAGCUUAAAACACGUGUGGAGGAACUCAAAAUGGAAAACGAGUACCAGCUUCGUCUCAAAGACAUGAACUACAAUGAGAAAAUCAAAGAACUCACGGAGAAGUUCAUACAGGAGAUGGAAUCUUUGAAAACUAAAAACCAAGUUCUUAAGACCGACAAGGACAAAGAAGAAGCGAAACACGAGGAGGAGAUAGCCGACUUUUUGGAAAAGCAUGGCAAGGAAUUGCAAGACCUGGAGUCGGCGAACAACCAGAAGCUUAUGUCAGAAUAUGAGAAAUAUCAAGAGCUUCAGGCCAAGAGCCAGAAGAUGCAAGAGGAUUAUGAACGACAGUUGACGGAAAUGGAGGAAUCCAAAGAACAAGCGUUGGAGGAACUGACGGAGUAUUAUGAGAAUAAACUGACAGAGAAAAGCGCGCAGCUAGAACAGGUAAACAGGGCUACUUAGAGACAUACACCAGAAUAGAACUCAUUCAUCCCAUAUAAUACAAAUUCUUAACCACCCCACCCUGUGGAUGAAAUCUUCCCGCUCAACAGAAGAAAUAAACAACAUUGCGCUUCCGCGCCGUUACAGUUUUGUGUAUCUGUAAAACAGAUGAUAACUGGGCAACUUAAAACAAACAACAUUUUCCUCGCCUCUCCCUUAAAGUACAACCCCUUCCCCUUCCCCUUCCCCUUCCCAAAUACAGCGUAAAAAAAAACUACACCAUCCCGUCCACCUGAGAGAUAUGACUUCAUAAAACAAUCGUCUUUAUUCAACUUACUAUUCUCUGAAGUUUGGUUAAAGCCGCGGGAGAAUGACAAGACUUCUACAGAUAAUAAAACUUAAGAAUCUUUCGCUGGUUUUCGUUGUUCUUUCUUUAGAAAGUAUAAUUCUGUUUCGUUCGAAAGUCAAAGAUUAGUUUAAGUUAAAUUAAAAACUGUGAUGUGUAUUCGUGUAAGAAGUCUUGAGAUACAUUUUUAAGUUGAUCAUAAAAAAGAAAAGGAAACGCGACAGUUGUUCCAAGGAGGCACAACGUUAUUCAAUGGAUAAAUUGCUAUCCAGUGGAUAAAUGUCAGCAAAACGUACUGCGCUCUCCAUCGGGUGUAUAUCUUAUUAGACGUUUUGAUGUGUAAAUAUUUUUAUGCAAAGUUUAGUCUAAAUAGUUUAAAUCCGUUCUUACCAUUGUUGCUGAUAUUUAUUACAGUCACAAGACGAGUCACGGCAGCAGUUACGAGAGUACGAAGAAACGAAGAAACAAAUUGAAGAGGAUGCAGACCGAGAAAUCUUGGAUAUAAAAAACAAGUACGAACGAAGGCUGAGGGAGGAGAAAGAAGCAAAUCUGAGACUGAAAGGCGAGACAGGGAUUAUGAGGAAAAAGGUAACAUCGGUUUGGCUUUUUAAUCCCUUGACCCUUAAGAGUGACCAGCAUCUAAUUUCUCCUUACAAUAUCACCCCUGAAUCAAACAUUAAGGUUAUGAAAAUAAAGGAAGUGAUCAUCAACUAAAGAAGCUCUUGAUCGUUAAUCAAAUUCUCCUUGUCAGUAGCUUAGGAAAUGUAAAGAGAACAGUAUGGAGAAUAUGCAUACUGAUGUUAGGGUGUAAAGGGUUUAUUAGAAGUUCUCCAUUGUAGUAAUUUUUAGGUUUUUAGCAGCUUCUUGGUAAUCGCGGAAUUAAAAGAAUGUGUAUCAUUUUCGUAAUUAAGGUUUGAUGUUAGAAAACGUCAUCUAGCUGUCAUCUUCCAGUUAACAUGUUAAAAAAAAGUUCUGGAAGGAAAUGACAGAAACUGAAAGCUCUCAUCAUUAGCACUUCGGCACCAGCAUCUCUUUGCACUUGGGAAAAUAUGAGAUCUUGAGUGGCGCAAGCCUCCGACACGUCUGCAAAUGCUAGCACUGAUCAUCAGUGCCAGACAUCCGACAAACCUCUCCCCAGCUCGUCUCCGAUCUUCCCGCCGAUGGAAAAAUCGCGCAUCCUGCAGCGCUAAUGAUGAGGGUCUGGUUGCUAACUAAGGUUAUCGUUGUCGAUGUCACCUUCUCAAGCUACCUUAUUUGUACUAAACAAUGUCCCUUUUUUUUUUGGUGUAGUUUACGAGUCUACAAAAAGAAAUUGACGAUUACAAAGCUGAAAUCCAACGCCAACAAAACGAGAAUAACAAACUACAAGGAGUGAUAAAGUCUCUGGAGAAGGACAUCUAUGGGCUGAAGAAGGAAAUCCAGGAACGAGACGAAACGAUUCAGGACAAGGUUGGGUGAAGGUUUUUUGUUUAUUUUUGUAGAUAAUGCAUUGGAGAAACAUUUGAUGGGUUGAUUUACGGAUUGUCUGUCUGACCGGCUAAAUGACUAAAUGACACACCGACACAUCGAUUUAUUAACCAAUUGAUCCAUCGAUCGAUUGGUAGGCUGUCUGAUUGAUUUACUGUCUAGCUGACUGACUGAGAUACCGACAGGUGACGACCGGCUUACCAACCGUCAGGAGGACCAAUGUACCGACUAACAACACGAUCCCCUGCUGAUUAGCUGAAUAACUCGUGACUGAUCCGUCAAAUGACUUUUUAUUUGCCCAUGAGACAGACAGACAGACAGAUAAAAAGAAAGGUAGACACACAAACAGAGAAAUAGGCAGACAAUCAGUAUGCUAGAUAGUAGGUCAGGACUAACAGACAGUUGUACGGUAGAUAGAAACACUGAGGCAAUCAGGGAGGUAGACAAAACAGACAGAUCAAUCAGACCAAGCGUGCACAUAACCAACGAGACAGGCGCAACAAAAAGUAAAUUAAUCAAAAGACAUAGAGAUAGACAGGCUGAAGACCGACUGAAAGACAGACAGAGACAUAGACAGGCUGAAGACCGACUGAAAGACAGACAGAGACAUAGGCUGAAGACCGACUGAAAGACAGACAGAGACAUAGACAGACUGAAGACCUACAGAAAGACAGAUAGACUGACUGACUAACGGACCGACUGAUUGACCGAUUUAAUCAAUUUGAAGAUUUUUAAAGAGUCCAAAAUCGCACCUCUGAAUGAACUUCGACCUUCUUUUCCAGGAAAAACGUAUCUACGACUUAAAGAAGAAGAAUCAAGAGCUUGAAAAGUUCAAAUUUGUCUUGGAUUAUAAAAUCAAGGAGCUGAAGAAACAAAUAGAACCGAGAGAAAAUGACAUAAAAGCUAUGAAAGAACAAAUUCAAGAGGUAGGCGACCGUUACAAGUAAAAAUGUCAUUCCGUUACCAACCUGCAGCGGGCGUUUAUCGUAUUUUCGGUCAUUGAUGAACGAAAAAUGGGCUGACCGUAAGAAAUUCCCAUGAAACACAUAAAAAUUGCAACUGAGCGACAUCCAGAUCAGCGUAAAACGCGCUGAAAGCUAGCGAGCAUACAACUCUGCGAUCAGACUUAAAGUUCUUGCUGUUGACCAUUAUUGACGUAGUUGCGCGCGCCCUGCAGAAAUGCCCGCGCGCCUCGCAGAAAUGUCAGUACGCCCUGCAGAAAUUUCUGCGCGCUCUUGCGUUGCCUCUUACUUCUCGCGCGUGCUCGUAUUCUUGUUGGGAGUUUUGGCGCGCGUUUUUCCCUAUGUGUGCUGUGUCUCAGUCUUAUUUUAACUUCGUUAUCGUCUGCGUAUCUUGAUAAAAAAAAAAAAAAAAAAAAAAAAAAACGUCCUCGACGGUCUAUUGAUAUUUGUUAGAGGAAUAAUUAUAACCUAUUGGUGUGAAAGGGUGAAGGAUAGCGAUCUACGUCACAAUUGUUGUUGUUUAUUUAUACUUGAUGACUAGUUGACCUUUUUCGGGAGACGUGGUGACCUCAUGGUUGUAGUUCUCUGGACUCCGGGUGGUGAGGGGUCUGGGUUCGAGACCGGACCGGGUCAUUGUGUUGUGUUCUGUAUUUUGUGUUUUACGCUCACAGUCUCUCGCUCCAUGGGGAAGUUGAUGAAAUAUUGGGUGAUAACCUUGCGAUGGACUGCCAUUCAAGGGAGGGGGGAGAGCAAUACUUCUUAUUGCUUCAUGCCACAUAAUCUUUAGCAAAAUGUGGGCUAGAAGCUCGAGAUUUUACCGUACUUAACAAUACUUAACAUAUUCUUGCCGCGAAAACGGAACAAGCUCUUUUGCAGUGUGGGCCACAAGCUAGAGAAGAGAUUUAACCUUGCUUUGCAUUUCCCUCUUCAACAGAUGGAGAGCGAGCUUGAACGGUUCCACAAACAAAAUACGAGCCUGGAAUUGAACAUCACUGAACUAAGACUGAAACUUAAGGCCACAGACAAAGAAAUGCACAUGGAGAGGCAAAGGGUAGGGAAAGUUUUAAACUUGGAUUGUGUUACUUGCUGAGUAGAAUUAAGCUGCUGAUUUACUCACUUAUCGGUAUUGGCUGAUUACGUUUUUUUUUCAAUUUUAGGUGCGUGAUGUUGAAGCUGUGGUGAAGAGAUUUAAGACUGACCUUCAUAACUGCGUCGGUUUUAUACAAGAGCCCAAGAAACUCAAAGAGAAUGUCAAGUCCUUGUAUCAAAAAUACGUCCAAGAUGAAUCGGUGAGGAUAACUAGUUACUAUUUUGUCUCCUAACAUCGAACAGGUAUCAAAUCUGUCUUCUGAGCAAUGAGAGUAAGCAGAAAUAAAUCAUAGAAUCAUCGCUGGUACCAUCGCUGGUACCAAGAGCGAAAAAAUAAAUUUAACUUGUACCAAGCGCGGGAAAACCUAUGAUCGAUGCUAAGUCUUUGAAAAAGAAAAUUAGUACAUCACUGUGACUGAAAUUAUAAAAUGUGGCUCAGUAGGAAAAAGGGUAUCUUUACACUAUCUGAACGAAAGUUUAUCUUUCAUGAGGAAGUAAGGAUGGUACAGUGGUGAGAGCGCUCGCCUCCAGGCAGAUCGCUGUGGCCUGGGUUCGAUUCCCGGCGUCACAUGUGGGUUCAGUUGUUGCUUCUCGUACUUGCUCCGAGGUUUUUUUCCUCCGGCUCCCCUAUUUUGAAUAUUUAAAUUGUUAAAUUUCAAUGCGCCUAUAUCUUUUGAUUUAAUUAAUUUUUUUUUCGAUUUUAGCUGGACUCAGCCGGCGUGGAUGCGGACAUUCAAAGAGAGUAUGCGCGUCAGCGAGAACAUCUUGAGAGAAGUGUGGCAUCCUUACGAAAGAAGCUUGCUAAAGAUUCUGAAAUCCACAGGGCAGAUAACGUCCGAAUUAUGCAGGUGAGGAAGUAAAAACUUUUGGACGUUGUAGGAGUUCGUUUGAGAUGUAGCUUACGAUGCACGUGGUUUUGAUGGGGUGUAUCUGCUCCUCUUGCGUUUGCUGCGCGUUCUACAUGCAUUCUUUUGCACUUAAGAUGCUGUUAGCAGCGUGGCAGACGCAUGACUGGAGCACAAGUCACGCACGAUGGAACACGCAGUAUUGGGGGAGCGUGCGAGCCCGUUUGUGUUUGUUAGGCGUUUCACUCACCUUCUUUUCGCACUCAAGAUAAUGUAAGCUGCACAGCAGGUGCACGGUAAGAAUACAAGUAACAUUUGCGACGGAACUUGCGGUUUUGGUUGAGUGUACUUGCCUGUCUUGCGUUUACUGGGCGUUUUACAUGCGUUUAUAUCGCACUCAAGAUGCUGGUAACUACGUUCCAGGCGCAUGGCAAAAAUACGUAUUGCACUCGCGAAACGAAGCCCGUGUCUUCUCUCGCGCACAUUCUGGUUUGACUUACUCAUGUCCAGUAUUACCGUCAAAUAAAGCGCCGCGACUGGACUGCGGUGCUCUUUCGGAAAUCUUUUGUUGUUUUCUCUUGUUACAUCGUUUGCAAACUCUUUAAACAUUUGAUGUCGUUUUAUUUUUCUUUUUUUAACAAAACAAAGAAACGGACAGGUCAUUAAAAAGCCCCCUUCCUUUGUUGUUUUUGUUGUUGUUGUUUUUGAAAUAUUAAUUGUAUAAAAUUGUAGAAGUAUAAGGCACCGUAUUGCACAUAUCACAUGACAUUUGAUGCAUCACACUUUACCUGAAGUAUCAUAAACACUCUCUUUUGCCAAAACGAUAGGUGAUAACUUAUCGAUACUGAGCAAACUUGUUUACAAAGAUAUCUUGUGCGCACUUCCUAUCGUAACGUCAUUUUUAAAUUUUUUUUACCUUAUCAGGAGAACGUCACUCUCAUUAAAGAGAUCAACGACUUAAGGCGUGAGCUUAAAAUCGCCCGCACCCAAGUCCACGACCUGGAAACCGCAUUAGGUGUUAUGCGCAAACAACAGCAAUUCCCCGAAGACGAAGAAAUCGGGAAUAUGGAGAACAAACGGAAACUGUCCGAGGAAAAUGUGGAAAUGGAAAAAAUGAUAGAUAUGCAGAAGACUGAGAUAAGGAAAUUGCGAGUUCAAAUAAAAGACAUGGAGACCGUUAUAAAUUCCCGUCCGCCCUCUGGCACCAGGCUUCCGCCGGUCGCUGUUGGGUAGGAUUGUGGCCUGAAGGCUCUUUUACUGAAAAUCGUGUUACAUUGUCCAGUUAUCUAGCUUUUUUUUUUUUUUUUUCGAGUUUGGAUGAUGAGAGUUUUGUUCUUGCCUUGUAAAUAGACACGUAGUCAAUGCAUUCGAGAAG